AUGCUUGCCGUUGGAAGUCAGCCAUCGCUUGAAACCUACCGAAUUAUUCUAAAUAAUAUUGUGGAGUCGAUUCCGAACAGUGAUUCUAAGGAUGCUGAAAAGAAGACGGAUAUAAUCUUGGGCGUAGGAAUUACAUGGCUUUCUGAGAUGCUCUCUGAUUUGGAAGCUCGUUCUUCACUUGAACUUUGCUCUGCUAAAGACCAUCUGUUUUUCUUGGAUGCCAUGGGAGUCGCUUACCACGCUGGAAAUAUGGAAAUAGCCGAACGCCUGGUGAAGCUUUACGAAAGUUCGGCAAAUAAAGUGAAGCUGCCAGUCCUCCCAACAGAAGGAAUAUUCUACAACCGUUACCUUCUGCUUUUCAUCGAGCGAACAACUUCAAUGGAAGAAAUCGAAAAGAAGUACAAAGAACUUGUUCCACGACUUGUUGGAGUAUCUCGACAACUCACUCUGGCAGUAGCUGAGAAACUGAAGCACUCCCUCCGUUGGACUCUUCUACAUCGAUUGAUUGAAGAUGGCAUUUGUGCUCGCCAACUGGUCGAUUUUCGUGUAGCACCAACAUUUAGGAAUCUUCUGACGGAUGUUCAUUACCAGGCACUUUCGGUAGAGCAUCGUGAACAAUAUGCAGAUCUCAUUCGCCGUUUGGUUGAUAUAUGGGUAGAAUUCAGUCGUUUCACUGGUGAGAGGCAGAAGAGACUGCAGUUCAAGCUGUCACCUAGUAAUAUUUCCGAGUGUGCGCUUCUGCUUGAUCGGAUAGGCGACUCACAAAGAGCCUACGAGCUCCUUGAGAUGCUUCUAGAUCCAGAGGCUUCAGAAGGAGAAGAAGCUACAAUUCUGAAUGCAGGUUACGUCAGACAUAAUGCAAUGUUAGAAUUAUUCGAAAAUGCAUUGAGGAGAGAAGGAUCCGUACAAGGCCGCAACUUGUGUAGAGAUUCUGAGCGUCAGUUUACCAAGAAAUAA